GAAAUAAGGAAAAGGUUUUGUCGAAUCUGCCGAAACGGAUCUGUUGGCUGUAACAAGAGGCUAAUCAGCUGAUGUUCCCUGCGCAGCUCCUGGUUGACAGCUGGGAGUGUGCGGGCUGCUCAGGACUUACGACCUAGGAGAGUUUUAUAGAAAUCUUACCAAAGAAGAUGAAGAAAAACAGAGAAAGAUUCAGCAACAGAGAGAGGGAAUUUGUAUAUAAAUUUAAAGUUGGAAGUCAGUGCUUAGAACUGAGGGUACCCCUCAAAUUUCCAGUUCAGGAGAAUGCUAGUCAUUUACAUGGACGUCUGAUGCUGCUGCAUGGUUUACCAUGCUUUAUAGAAAAAGACUUGAAAGAAGCUCUCAGUCAGUUCCUAGAAGAAGAAUCUCUCCAAGAUUAUGACAGAGAUGCUGAAGCAUCCCUGGAAGCUGUGAAAUCUGGUGAAGUAGAUUUACAUCAACUGGCAAGUACAUGGGCCAAAGCUUAUGCUGAGACCACAUUAGAGCAUGCAAGGCCUGAAGAACCGAGCUGGGAUGAAGAUUUUGCAGAUGUGUACCAUGACCUAAUCCAUUCUCCCGCCUCUGAAACGCUCCUCAAUCUGGAACAUAAUUACUUUGUUAGUAUCUCAGAACUGAUCAGUGAAAGAGAUGUGGAGCUGAAAAAAUUACGAGAGAGACAGGGUAUUGAAAUGGAAAAAGUGAUGCAGGAAUUGGGGAAAUCAUUGACAGAUCAAGAUGUAAAUUCAUUGGCCGCUCAACAUUUUGAAUCUCAGCAGGACUUAGAAAAUAAAUGGUCUAAUGAAUUAAAACAAUCAACUGCCAUCCAAAAGCAGGAGUAUCAGGAAUGGGUGAUAAAACUUCAUCAAGACCUAAAAAAUCCCAACAAUAGCUCCCUCAGUGAGGAAAUUAAAGUUCAGCCAAGUCAAUUCAGAGAAUCUGUAGAAGCAAAUGGAAGGAUUUAUGAGGAACAGAGAAAGUUAGAAGAAAGCUUUACCAUUCACUUAGGAGCCCAGUUGAAGACCAUGCAUAAUUUGAGAUUACUGCGAGCAGAUAUGCUGGACUUCUGUAAGCACAAAAGAAAUCAUCGAAGUGGUGUGAAACUCCACCGACUCCAGACAGCACUCUCGCUUUAUUCCACAUCUCUCUGUGGCCUGGUUUUACUCGUAGAUAAUCGAAUCAAUUCAUAUAGUGGUAUUAAAAGAGAUUUUGCCACAGUUUGCCAGGAAUGCACUGACUUCCAUUUUCCCCGAAUUGAAGAGCAACUGGAAAUCGUCCAGCAGGUGGUUCUUUAUGCCAGAACCCAGCGUAGGAGUAAGGUGAAAGACACAAAUGAUUCUGGAAACCGAAAUGGAGGAAAUGAUGAUAAGACUAAAAAUGCGGAUAGAAACUAUUUAAAUAUUUUACCUGGAGAAUUUUACAUUACACGGCAUUCGAAUCUCUCAGAAAUCCAUGUUGCUUUCCACCUUUGUGUGGAUGACAAUGUGAAAUCAGGAAAUAUCACUGCUCGUGAUCCUGCCAUUAUGGGACUCCGAAAUAUCCUCAAGGUUUGCUGUACCCAUGACAUCACAACAAUAAGCAUCCCUCUCUUGCUGGUGCAUGAUAUGUCAGAGGAAAUGACUAUCCCAUGGUGCUUAAGGAGAGCAGAACUUGUGUUUAAGUGUGUCAAAGGCUUCAUGAUGGAAAUGGCUUCAUGGGAUGGAGGAAUUUCUAGGACGGUGCAGUUUCUGGUACCACAGAGUAUUUCUGAAGAAAUGUUUUAUCAGCUUAGUAACAUGCUCCCUCAGAUCUUCCGAGUUUCAUCAACACUUACUCUGACAUCCAAGCACUAAAUCCUUAUAGGUUGACAUGCUGGCAGAAGGAUUGUUAAACUCUCCAGGAACUUGGGCAAUGCUGGGAUUCUGUCAAGCAAAAGCCAUCCAGAAAGACAACUUGCAACUCACGCCACACAACCAAUCACGAUACAGCUGUUGAACAUUCCAAAAAUGUAUACACUGUACAGACUAGUGACCUGCCCUUUAGUACAUUAAUUCUAAACUUUCUUCAUUAAAAAAAAAAGCUUUUUUUUCCUACUGUUAGACCCCAUCUGUAGAUAUUAAUAAGUUCAAACUUCCUGUAUAUCACCCAUGUUCACUUGGUGUAAGAGAUUGUUCACUACGUUUUCAUGGAGACGUUUAGCUUUUCCAAAAGGUUUGCAUCCUGUCAGGUGUAAGGCUUCGCUGAGCAUACAA